UUUUUUUUUUUUCUUCAAAAAUAGCUUAUGGAUAAUUAAGAAACCGCUCUUUAGAUUUUUAGAUUGCCAUUACUCAGUCAAACAUGCUCUUCUUUAAGCCGUUGCUUUCAUGAUUGUAUUUUUCUCUGUUUUCUUCUUCUUGUGGGAAUACAUUAUUCAUGACGGGAGGAAUUCUUCAGCGGAAUUGAUUCCAAAACAUCUUUUGAAUUUCUAUAUUUACGCGUCACAAGGAUUUUUUUUCUUUUUCUUUUUUUUUAUUUCUUCAUGACAUCCAUUGAUCCCAAUCAAACACUCUACUUGACAAAUUUAAACAGUCGCGUCACUGUAGAAGAACUCAAAUUGAGUUUAUAUGGUCUAUUCUCUACUUAUGGUCCCAUUUUGGACAUCACAGCUAAAAAGACAGAAAAGAUGCGCGAACAAGCCUUUGUAGUAUACAGUGAUGUCUCUUGUGCCACUUUGGCCAUGCGAAGUUUGAACGGCUUUACUUUUUUUGAUAAACCUAUGAAAAUUGAUUAUGCAAAGACAAAGUCAGAUGUGGUUGCCAAAAUAGAUGGCACUUAUCGACUAAGGACAUAUAAGGAAAACACAAACAACGAAGUGUUAGGUAAACGAGGUGCUGAUGAAGAUAUGAAUGGUAAUGCCAAAAUGGCUCGAUCCGAUGAAGAAGAAGACGAAAUGAAUGAACAAGAGCAAGCAUAAAAAGAUAAAAUAAAACCGUCUUGAAGAAUAUCGCUAAAUGCAACAGAAAAAAAACGAGUUACAAAGUUAGAGAUUGGAUGAGACUCUAAUAAUCAUGCCCUAAUGGCAUCGCAAUUGGCUAUUCUCCUCUUCUUGCAGAAGGACAGAUACUUGAAUUCUCCAGUGUCGU